AUGACUGUCGACCAAUAUGAAGCCAAGUUCUCGAAAUUGUCUAAGUAUGCCCCGAGAUUGAUUGAGGACCCCGAGGAUAUGGCUAGAAGGUUCGGGGACGGGCUAAAGCCCGAGAUUAAGAGUAUACUAGCGCCGUUCAACCUUCGGGACUAUGAUGACCUUUAUAAGAGGGCGCUGAUAGUGGAGCAGGACUUAGCUAAGAGGACUUCCACAUUUGGGUCGCGGUUUACGUCCUCAAAUAGAUUUGAGAAGAAGCAAGGGAAGAAGCCUAUGUAUGGAGGCGGACAUCACAUCCCACCCAAUCGCAGAGGAGCAAUCAAUAAACCCGUUUUCUGCCGCAGUGAGGUGUGCAAUCCGUGUCACCGCAGACAUGGACUUGGUCCGUACCCGUAUAGGAAUGGAGCCUCUUUUGGAUGUGGCCAGCCGGGCCAUCAGGUGAAGGAUCGCCCGCAGAGGCAACAGGGAAGGCAGGUGCCACAACCGAGAGGACCACUAAGGGGAGCCGCGCCACAAAACUUCCGGAAUCGUCCACAAGCUCAAGGAAUGGUGUUUCCUGUCACCAGUGAGGAGGCGAAAGAUUCGCCGACCGUUACUGGUACGGUCUUCUUGUAUAAUCAAGUCGCCUAUGCUUUGUUUGAUCGGGGUGCUAUGCAUUCCUUUAUUGUUGAUAGAUUUGUUAAACCGGCUGAUUUGAGUGUAGUACCAUUGGAUGUUAUUUUUAAGAUUUCUACACCUUUAAAGGAUAGCGUAGUGGCUGCAAUUAGAUGUCCUAACCGUAGGCUGAUUAUAGAUGGACAUGAGGGUAAAUAA